GAAAAAUACAUCUAAUUGUUGAAGCGGCGUGUGUAUAAAAAUAACUGCAACAAUAAUUAUCACAUAUUAACAAGCAAUUAAAUAAGGUAUCAUUUUGACAAACUGCAGCAUCAGAUCGAGAAGGUAAAACCUGUGAAUUUAAGGUGAUGUGACCACAAGAGAAUGGGGGAGAAGGUGGGUAACUUGGAGGUCCUUGUGGGGGGUAAUUGGCAUGCGGCUCGUCUAACCCUCGAGGGCGACCUGCUUUUUGUCACCCUCACUGACCUAGAUGAUGUCAAUGCGCAGGGAUCUGAUGGUGAGGCUGGACCUAGCGAUGUCCCUGAGCCAAUUGCAAGCCAGAAGAGAGUUGUCCAGAUUUGCAAGUCUGACAACAAUGGCUUGGGUAUUUCAAUUAAAGGAGGUCGGGAAAACAAAAUGCCAAUUCUUAUCUCCAAGAUAUUUAAGGGAAUGGCAGCUGAUUUGACUGAGGAUUUGUAUGUAGGUGAUGCAAUUCUUUCGGUGAAUGGGGAAGAUCUCAAGGAGGCCACUCAUGAUGAAGCAGUGAGAGCUCUGAAGCGUGCAGGAAAAGUUGUCACACUUGAAGUUAUUCCUUCAUUUUAUGUUACAGUUAAAUAUCUGCGUGAAGUCACACCUUAUUUCCGAAAGGCUUCAGUAAUGGCGGACAUUGGUUGGGAACUCCAGACUGGAUUUUUGGGUGCUGAAAAUGGUUUUCUAAACAGUGGAGAAGAUCGUAGUUCACCUGUUAUGUCAAAUGGCCCUGAUACACGGUCUAUUCCCCUGCUCUUCUGUCACCUAACAAGAAGCUUUAAAUGUCAAGAGUCCAGCAGUCUCGAAUUACAUUCACCGGACCGACUUCACAGCUUAAUAAUGAAGUGUUCAUCAGAAUCAGAUACUUCUGGCUGGUACAAUGCUCUCCACUCCACUUUAGAUAGACUCACGACGUCAGCUCUCACUCAUGCGAACAAAAUGUUGGGAGAUGUCCUGGAUAAAGCCACAAUUCAUCAUAUUGGUUGGCUAAAGUUAAAACUUGAUCAGGGUAAAGAGGAAUGGGAACCACAAUUUUGUGCAGUAACCGAUCAUGAUAUGAUUCUCUUUCAAGAAGUACCCUGGACUAAAGAAGCAUGGGCUAACCCUCUUGUUUUCUAUCCACUUUUAGCCACAAGAAUUGUAAACUCUACACACAAAGGUUCCCUCGGAGGUAGUGAACCUAUCACAAUGACUAUGCGUUGUGGUACCCAAGAAGGAGUGUGUUGCAGUGUUUUUCAGCAUGACACACAACGGGACCUGGCUACUUGGGUGAAGGUGCUAGUUCAGGGUGCACAUAGUGCAGUUAAAAGACAGAAGGAAGUUGCUUGUUAUUGUGAGUGGCGAGGAGUAGAGGCAAAAUUGGUGUUACAUCAUGAAGAUGGAUUUACUUUGCUGUCGACACAUGACUCUAGCGGCAGCAGAGGCAGAGUGUUAUGGACACAGCCUUUCCACAAGUUGAUCAUGAGUUCUGAUGAUGGCGCCCGCCUAAUUUGGCUGAGAUUUGAUGGAGACAUGGAAGUGGAGCUUGAUUUGAAGACCAAUCCAAAACCCUUUGUCUUCAUCUUGCAUACAUUUUUAUCAGCAAAAGUACAUCAGCAAUCUCUAACCUCCUGACGCAAGCCAGAACCCCCGAUCCGAUCGAAGUCUUUAGGAUCGGGUGACCAAAAGAAAGCUGGUAACAUGGAACUUUUUGCAAAACCACGAAUGUUUAAUCAAAUUGAUAUAGCUAAUGCAAAGGCCAAUUUACGCACACAAGGGAAGCCGUCCGCACAGGUAGAUGCAAAUGUAGAAAAUCACAAGACUGAUGCAUGAGAUUUCCAUCCGACGUUGUGAAUAUGAUUCUGUGAAAGGGGCAACUUUGACUUUGCUUCCAGUUGUGAAAGUUCAUGAUGGUUUUCAAAAAUGAAAAUCUUAGAGUAUAGUAUUACUUAGUUGUGAAUAAUACAAAUAGACAAAGCCAAACAAUUGAAAAUAACUGGCUAUUUUAAGAGGCAGCUUAUACUUUUUUCUACUUUAAUCUUGCUGAACAGUAUUCUUCACAAGAUCAUGAAUACUAGCAAUGUCUUGAAUACCUAACAUUUAAUCAGGUAUAGUAUAUUAAAAUACAUUAAAUGAAUAUGCUACAUGUAUUAGAUUAAUCCCCUGUUGAUAAAACAAGGGGAUGAUUUUUUUCUACUUGGCAACAGCUUCUUACCUUUAAGACUCAUCAUAUAAACACAUCAACUUUUUCUUGUCAUGCUUCCCUAUCCAGAACCUACCAUGAGUUGCAGGUCGCAUUUUUAUUUGACUUGCUUCCUUUCAGGAGAAGUUAGUUACAUAAGUUCCUAAACCAUACCAUUGUUAGUUUAUUGACAUUUAGAGGAAAGUUGCUGCAGCUUGGUUUGUUCAUUCAUAAUAAUGCCAAUCCUGGAAUUUUAUCCAGGUUAUCUUAGCCAUCCUUGAAAUAACUAAGCCUAACAAUAUGAUAACAGAACAUAAAACAUUAAAGGACAUGAAAAACAGUUCCAUUUUAUAGCAAUAUUGUCCUUUUGUGUGCUAUUAGUUUUCCCAUGUGAGUUGAGAAGUCCUUGUAGAUUUUUAGAUUAAAAUGAUAGUACUUCUUUGUGAUAAGUCAUGGAAAACCAGUAAAAUACACUUACUAGAAAAUGAGAGGAAGAAAAAAUGUCGCUGCCUACCUUGAUAGGGUUAUGGUUUGCUCAUGCCAAACCGAAUUGUAAGGUUUUGGAUAUUAGCAGAUUGUGACAGGAUAAUCAUUUAAAGAAUUUAUUAAAAGUAGUCAUAACCUUUCCUUUCACUCUAUGCUAAAUAAGAAAAUCUUAACCCCCACCCCUUUAGCAUAACCUUUUGGUUCAGCCUAACUGUGCCGUCAUCAUAGUUACUGUAUAUACCGAGUUGGUUAAGGUAUGAGUUGGCCUGAUAAUCCCAUUAGGUUACUAAUGUCUUAUUGCACAAUCAAAAGAAAUGUGAUUCCUAGGGAAUUGUAGGGUAGGAUGUUAUUAGAUUCUUAUAAAUUUAUAUAAAAUUGUAUAUCAUUUCAAUCCAUAUUUUAUCUGUGGAAAAAAACAAGCUUCAAAAUAGUAACAAGAUACAAACCAUAGGUAAAAGAAUUGAGGUGCAGAAAGAGUUGGAGCUACUUCAGUGGUCUGCUGAAAAUAAUAAAUAAUAAUACCUGUACUGUCAUAAUAGUUUAUAACUGUAGGUCAUUUGAAAAGUUGGAUAGUUACCUUGUUGAACCUAGAUUAAUUCAACACAUAUUAGGAGUUAAAUUCCCUCCUUUUUUUUUUUUUUUUUUUUGAAUACUUUAACAGGGCCAGUAACAAGUAGUUUUAUACUAUUUACAUUUAAUUUGUUUUAUAGUAACAAACUUUAAGUGCUACACAUCAGAUUAAGAAGCAGAAACAAUUGUAAUUCAAAAGUGCUUAAGAAACUCAUUUUAUUCUGUGCAUCAAAAUUUUCUUAAUGACAAAUGAUAUUACAGGUAACUCAUGACAUUCAAGGUUCCAGGGAACCCCAUCAGUAUGUAGUUUAUUUUCAUAAAUGCUUACAUCCCCUUGUAUGAAGAUUUGUGUAAUCAUUUUUGUGCAGUUUACUUUAUUUUUCUCUGGUUCUCAAUUAAAGUUUGCACAUUGGCCUUUUCUUAACUAAAUUUGCUUCCAUCUAGUUUUAUAUACUAUUGUCUCCUAUAUUACAUCAUGCAUGAUUAUUUUUACUAAGUGGAUGAUAUAGGACAGAACAUUUUAAUGAAUGUUCAUCUGAAGUAUUUGUAAGAGUCUGUUGGUCAUGCACUUUGAGAAGAACAAUUAGGAAGUGCUUUUUAUGUUUUAUGAAAUUUAUUUUUACCAUUAGAAGAAUAAUGACGAGUAAAUACGUACUAAAUGAAAGAAUGAAGAUCAGGUCAUUAAAGCUGUUUUGAUUGGAUAUAAAGUAAAUUAUGUGAUCAGUCAUUGUCUGAGAGAGUGCAUAAUUUGAAAACAGCAUAAAUAAAUGCAAUAAUAAAUGUUAUCAGAUUUUACAGGCUCGGUAAGUUUCAACCCUAGUGGUUGUGAAUCAUAAUUUUAUUAAUUUCAAGGAGCUGCACUUAAGAACUGACAGGUUUUACAUGAGAAUUUGACAAAUGGUACUCUUUGUACUCAGAGCAAGUGGCAUUAUGUUUAAGAUUUUUUGUAUCUUAUAAUAAAAAGAACUAAAGAAGGUGCAGAAGCUUUUUUUUUUUUGUAAAAAGAACUAAAGAAGGAGGUGCAGAAGCUUGUUUAGAAAUAAAUAAAAUUUCAUCAUCAUUUUUAUAGACCCAAUGAGAUAUUCCCAUCAAAAUUUUAUGUUAAUGAUAAUAGCUAUUUUUUUGUAGCAAAAGCACUAGUACAGAAAAUAUAGCUAUUAAUCAAAGUAAUUUUUUUUUACCAAAACUCAGAGUGCUGAACAGUUGUGCAUAGUGAAAUACGGUAUGGUAUCUUCAGCGUAGUGGUUGUGUCUGUUGAAAGCCGUAGUGAUUUCAUUUUUUCUUCCAAAAUGGACAUUACAUUACCCUUCCCACAACUGUAUAGUAGAAGAGCAAGAAUGCUUAAAAAGUUACAAUUUUGUUUUUUAUACCAUAAUCAGUGAAAUGAAAGCCUAUCAGGGAUUAUAUUGUUGUCCAGUUUAAAUUUUUAUGGCAUCCUUCUAAUUCAACCAUAAUUUUGUGCUGGUAUGUUGUGUAAGAGAAUCCCUUAAUUAUUCAGCCAAGCAUUAGUUGAAGAAAUCUUAAUCACAUCCUAUUUAUUAUGAUAAAUAAUUUAUAUGUAUCUAUAGAACUACUUUAGGAGUCUUGGAAAUUUGGUGUUGAUUUUCAUUGUAAUUUGUGCUGUACAAGAAGGUGGUAAACUGUAUGGUGCAUUAGUGAAUAAUGGAGUAUACAGGAGGCAGCAGCAGCAUUUUCUGGCACAUCUAUUCUCCAUGAGCUGCCUACAUUUAUUAUAUUGUUCAUUAAUAAUUGCCUUAUUUACGUACGUGUAGUUGAUGCGUUUUAUAAGAUAAGAUUGUGCUUUUUUUUUUUUUUAAGGAAACCACUACUCUUUUGAAAAACCCCUAUACCAAUUUAUUCUUUGAAUGCCAUUCCCAUGCAGUCCCUUAUUUUAAUAUACAUACUUGAAGACCAUAAUCUUGAAAUUAUCAAUGACAUAUCAUGGUAAUUCCUUUGCCUUAUGUAGCCUUCUUAUCAUUUCAUACUUUUUAAACUCCUGUCCAUCAGCAUUUACUGAACAAGGGUGAAUGCUGCGUUUGUAUAUACUAUACACAUUUUCUUCUAUAUCACAGAAUUAUUAUAUACUACUGUAAACAUAUUGCUUAGAAUGCCAUAGUGAAUAAUGUACUUGGCAUAUUGAUAUUUAUGAAGCAUUAAUUUUAUUUUACUGAUGGGCCUACUCUUUGCUGUAGUCUGUAUCCAUAUAUUGAUUUUAAAAUAUAAAGUUUCUACUUACUUUUCAUAUGCUAUCCUGUAAUAGUUUCUGUAUUCAAAAGUAUUCACUUCUCUUACUAAGUCUAUUUAUUACAUAGCACUUUGAUCAGUAUUCUCUUUACAUGCAAGAUAGGCAACAGUUGAUAUAUUCAGAGAUCCGUCAGUUGACAAUGAACCAUCCUAUUGGUUGCUAUAGUUUUUAAGGCAAAAUUUACUGCCUAAGUAUUUUGCAGUAUUUGAAACUUCAAAGGGUUUCGAAACUCAUUCUGUUAUGUUGUUAAUGUGGAAUACCUACCUAGGUUGAAUGGCUUGUGAUGCAAGUUAGGCAGUAUGUGAAGGUAGGGACAAGAGAAUUUUGUGUUAUUCCUCUACAUUGUGUAUCCAGGAAUCAUAUAAAUUGCCAACUUGAAUUAAGGAUUUUCCGUUUUCAUGAAUACUAGUACGUCCACUCAGUUUUUGAAGCAGUAACCAUUAAAAAACUUUGUUUAAAAUGGUCACAUCACUGUAUCAUUACUCCCAGGUGUUUUAAGUAAUAUUCAGCAAUUGUAGUUGUCAGAGCAGCAAAAAUUUCUAGUAACUUUGCUUGCUGCCUACCUCCCCCAUGAAUAACUAUAAAAAUGGCAUUCCUGGAGAUGUUUUGUUGAUCAGGAAGUUAAGGCAGAUCAUUCAAUUCAGCCUUCUUUAGGUAGAGGAAUUUUAUCAUUAUAUUAAAGCUAAAUCCGAGGAGACUAAAGAGAAUGGAUUAAAAGGCCAAAAGUUUACAUUUACAUUAUGUCUAAAGAUGACAAAACAUAUUUAUGAAUUAUAUUGCCAUUUUGAUAUAUAUUUAACAAUUUAGAAUAAACAUUUUGUAAACAUUGGUGUUAAUAUCAGGAGUAAUAUCUUUAUGAUAGACCCUAGCAAUUGGAAGAGGAUGAAUUUAUUUUUCCCCGGAGUUUCAUUGUUGCUAACCUUUUUUGUGAGCAUAAUGAUUUGUAGUAUAAAACAGUAAUCAUUGAAAACUUUGUGCAUAAUGAUUUAAAAGUGAAACCAGGUGAUGAUGUAAAACUAGUCUUACUGAGGAGUCACCCUUAGGAAAGCAGCUUUGUGCUUUCAUGCCACAACUAAGAUGUUGCAUCUUAGGAAGGUUUCAUAAAGCUUAUCACCUCUGCAACUUGCAUUUUUUUUCAUUCAGGUGUUCAUGGGGAAGAUAGAUAUUUUUGGAAGUGGUCUCUACUGGUCAAUUUUUGUUUUAUGUUUGCUUUAGUGCUCUUUAGUUUUCAAACUUGUAUUGUGGAUUGUAAAUUUGUUAAACCAUACUGGGAGUAGAGGAGAAUUUGUUUGGGAUGGUGAGUUAUUGUGUACCUUGCCUUGUUGCCUAAUUGAUAUUUAAGAAAAUUUUAUUUUGACAUUCAUCUGUAUUGUGUUCCUAAGUUGAAUGCCUGUAUAAAUAAAAUAUUUCAAUUAUGUAAAAUUGACAUCUUGUCUUUGAAGGGGAUGUCAUAAGGGACUAUUUCCAUUAACAGUUCAAUAGAAAUUCUGGCAUUAUUAAGUGGGAAUACUUGUCUUGGCUCUUUGAACUGUUAGGAGGGAUAUUCCCAAGGUAUCUAGGCAAAAUAAUAUGUAUUUCUCUUUUGUAUCUGCCUAAUACUGUGAAAUGUCAAUCUGGAAAAUCGUACACCACAAAAGUGAACUGCAUUGUUGUUUAUAGCACCUAAAGCAACAUUUAGAAACCAGUAUGUAUAUUUUAAGGUACUUGGUGUGCUGUUACCUCCCAGUAAAGUGUUACGGAAUUGCAUACUUUGUAGUUUCUUGUAAAUAUGGCACUGCGUAGUCAUCUGAUAUAAGCUAAUAUUGCACAUUGUGUUUGAGGCACCACUGACAUGACCCUUUUUCCAUGCACAUACUACAACUCAUUCUGUUCUAUCUGUUUGCCUGGAUGCGUGUGGUGUGUAUGAUGUUAGUAUUACAUUCGUAGAAUGUGUUUCACCAUUACUGCAGACAUAAAUGUUUUUAUCUACAGUAAUUCAGUGAAUGCUAGUGCACUUAAUUGUAUGCUUUGAUGCAUAUUUUGUGGGAUAUAGUUAGCAUGCAACACAGGUUAUUCCAGUGUAGUUGAGAGCACCUAUGUGUUGGUUGUGCACUAAGCUUAUUUGCUGUGGUGGUGAAAAUUUUUGUACAUACAUCUUUGUCUACUACUGCAGAAUUAAUGCAAAUUAUUUCUGGAGUUCUGACAAUCUAUUUACACGGUAAAGUAUAUUCAGGUUUUUAUCAGAGUAUUUAUGGAUACCUGGCAUUGUAUUGACAGACUUGUUCUUAGAUCAGAUUGCAUAUUCUGUACUAAAUUCCUGAAGACUAACAGGGUAAAACGAGAAAAGCCUUCACCUCUUCAGCAAAUUGAAUGUAGUUGGCACUUUCACUCUUGUUUUAAGAUCUUCUCUUUAUGGCGACAGCUAAUAAGCCAUAGUUGUCAAGAUCUUUUCAUUGUGGCCUCAGCUGCUAUCAUGUUUUUAAGAUCUUUUUCCUUGUAGUAAGAGCUUCAAGCCAUAAUUUUCAAGAGCUUUUUUUGCUUAACCAUUCUAAGAUUUAUUAUUCAUGGCAACAGCUGUUGAGCCAUGAAAUAUCAAGUUUAUUAUUUGACACAUUGCAUAAUAUAGCGUAGAAGAAGUCUUCUAUACAGACCCUUCCUUACAAACUACGUACUGUACUUCUAUAUUUUGUGAGUGUAACUUUCUCAUCUUAGUACAGUACUUAGUUACAUCCUCUGAGAAUCUUUUAACAUUUUAUUAUUUUCAUUGUCAUUAAGAUUGAAAUGGUAAUUGACUAAAAUGUUUUUCAGCCCUGGCACUAAAUACUUUACAGCUUGGUUUUCAUUAAAAGGAAUGAAUCUUUCAGAUCAGCCCAAAGAGAAUUGGUAGAACAAUUUUCAUCAGCAAGAUGUGCUUGUAUAUAUAGUGAAGUUUGUUUUGAGUCCUUUUACCAGUAAAGCAAAUCAGAUAUAUUGUGAGUUGUGUAGAUAUUAGGAGGACAUUAAAUUUUAUACUUUGUUUUCUAGUAUGAGGUUAUUUGCUUUUUUUGCUAAUAAAAUUUCAAGUCAAGAACAUUUAGUCAAUCAAUCCUGAGGUUUUCAGGAUUCAUUUGUGAAGUACAUAUUUAGUCAAAAUGGAAAACUGUUGCAUUAGUGAUUAAAAAUAUUAUUUUAAUUUGUGAAGUACAUAUUAAGUCAAAAUGCAAAACUGUUGCAUUAGUGAUUAAAAAUACUAUUCAUGGGCAACUCUUUGUGUAAACUUAAUAAUAUCUGCAUGGAUAAUUGAAAAAGUCAGUAGUUUCACAGACUGAUGUGUCAAGUUAUAAACUGGUAGUAAUUUUUUCUUUGUCAGUACUUGAAUAUAGUAAACUGAAAUUAGUUUGGCAAAACCAUAGCAUAGCUGUACUCGUGUUUGUGUAUAGCCGUGUACAUGUGUUUUUUUAAAAAAUAAAAGCUUGCAAGCACUGUUACUUGGGAGAAGGGGUAUGCCAUGAGACAAAUGAUAUGCAGUGUUCUGAAUUUUCUGAAAGCAUGAAUUUAGUAGACUACAGGUGAAGUGAUGAGUUAUGCUCAUGGCUGAGGGUAAAUUGCAUUGUGGUGCAAGCAUAUACAUUACUUACUUGAAGACAAUACAAAUGCCUUAAAAAAAUCCUGGGAGACAAGAAACUCAAUUUUAUAUCAACAUAAUGGAAAAGACAUUUUUAAUAAAACGUAGGUUAUAGUAAAUACUGUGCAAAUGAGUAUUUGAUGGCUUGCUAUGUCCAUUACCUUCUAGUAGGAAAAUAAGCAUUAUCAUCAAGUAAUAAAAAAAAUCUCAACAAGAAAAUGUCAUCAAGAAAUACAGGGAAGGAAUUAAAGUCAUUCAGAAAUUGAAGCCAUUUUGCUUUUCAUCUGUGAGCAUAGUUUUUCACAUUAAAAGGAGCACACAAUACUGAAGACAAUCAUGUCUUUUCUUCUGUUUUUAUGAAACUUUUGUUGUGGGUAAUGUUUUGCAGAGGUUGUGCACAAGAUAUGUAUCAGUUUUGAACGUGUUCUAUGGCUUAACUGGGAAAUCUACUGCAUGUGGAGCAUGUUUCUGUUCAGGUUUUAUUACAUUUUAAGAAACUUGGAGUUUUUCUCCAUUGAGGCUAGUUGUUCAUCUUGUCAAAUGUCUGAUUCUUCAUGUAGGUUUAUCAUCAAAUUGAUGGUAAAAUGGUAUCUAUAAUGUCUUGAGAAGAGCUUCCAUGAGCAUUUUCCUCAUGCAAUUUUUUGGUUGCAAAAUUUGCAUGGUCAUGAAGGAUAAUGCAGGACCACGUAUGCAUAAGAUAUAGGUAAUAGUCCAUCUUUGUAGUGGUUCUAAUCUAAAGAGUAUUAUAACAGAUUUCCUAAAAGACUUGAAAAUUUGUUGAGAUGCAGUGCUCUUAAGUGUACUCCUUCAAAGUUGUUCAGUUAUUGUGUAUUCAGUGUUUAUUUCCAUUUAAUUUAGUAAAUAGAUUAGGUAACCUAGAAGAAAGGUUUUAUAUAUUGCUCUUGAAUUGUACAGUUAUGCACUGCAGCAUAAUUUAGCUUUUAGUUGAACAAAGUGUGGUUAAUAAUCAUCCAAGUUAGAAAAACUGUUAUAAUACAUGUCAGGUUACUAGAGAAAAAUUUUUGUCAGUCAUUUUUACUGUGGAGAAAUACUGUAGCUUGCCUGCCAUUAGAGAUUCUGUAAGCCUGUUUUAUAUAACACUUUUUAACUUUUAUUUACUUACAAUGGAAUAGAAUAGUUUUAACUUUAAAAGAGCCAAUGGCUUUUAAAAUCUAUGAUGUAUCAUAAAAAUCUUAAUCCCAUUAACUAUUUUGUUUACCUGUAAUGUUAAGAUAAAAGAUUAACCUCAUUCUCAAAUUAAUGUUUAUCAGUUUCAAAUUCUUAACUUGGUCUUUCCUUGAGUCUGUUAAAAACAUCUGAUACAUCAAUAUUGGAUCAUACACUGGAGAACAAGGCAGCUAUGUUUGUUUUGAUUAUUUACCAAGAAGAGGCAGCUUAUUGUUUGUGUUCAUUGGAAUCUUCUCAUUCAAUUGUCAUGAAAUACAGUUUUAUAUGAUUAAUUCAUGAUUAUUGGAAGCAGUCACUAAGAGCAUUGAUUUGUUUACGAAAAAUGCAGUGUUAGAGGCUGAUAAGUCACACAAGUUUGUAUAUGGUGUAGCUGUACCAUACUUGUUAUGACCGGAAGGCAUUGUUUGAAGUCACAUGAAGGACUGUUGUUAAGAUUUGUGAAAUAUAUUUAAUUUUUAUGUGCUCUUGUGAAUAGUAAAGGGAGCAUUUGAUAAGGCCCUAGGAACUGGAGGCACAUCUAUGUUAUAUAGAUUUAAAGACAGGUACCUAUUCUUGCCAUCACAUGCUUAACCUUAUUGCAUCUUGAAAUACCUUAUGCUAUUACUCCCCAACCUUGCCUUCUUAUGUUAAUGUAUUUAUCUUAUGAAUAGUCAUGGACCUAGUUGUGCCUUCAUUUUUCAAGAGACUUAGCAAACGUUGGUGGCUGGACAUUGGCUUUGUGAUAUAAGUGAAAAUCUUUGUAUACAAAGUGUUAUUCCUGCCUUUUCACCAUCAUGCCUAAAGGUGAUGAAGUAUAAUGGUUUUAUUUAUCAGUACUGUACUGUUAUGUGUAUUUUUCCAUGUUUUCUACUCUCACUGUUGUUCUCUUCAGUGUUUGCCAUGUUGUUGCUACCACAUUUGAAGAUUUUAUUUUAUUUUUAAAAAUUGUUUAAGUUUUUCCUUGCAUUUGUCUAUGUAAUAGUCAAUUUUAGCUUGUUAAGCAGGCCUUCCCUUUGGCCUUCUCUUUUGACCUUUCAGAUCUGUAUCCAUUUCUGAUUGCUUUUUUUAUGACCCUGUUUUCAUAUUCUGUAUUGUCUUCUGGCCAUUUCAGUCUUAACCUCCUUAUGUUUCCACCUCUUAUAGUAGGGCUGAAGGAGUCCAGAUAUUGUGUCCUAGAAUCUGCACAGGUCAUUUCAGCUUUUAGGGCAUUACAGACAAUGUGCUCACAACGAAAAUGUCCAACAGCCACUUUUCAACAUUGCGGUUGUAGUAUUCCUAAUUCUAGGCUCUUGUUUUUGAGUUUAAUAAAGGUCGUUCAACAAAGUAUCAUAAAUAAAUACAUUUAAGAAUAUUUAGACACCACAUUGUUUAGAAGUGUUUAAAAACUUAAUUUUUCUUGUAGUUAUUCAAGUAGCAUAACAGGAAGUGAAAGUCUAUUAAUAUUUUGGGUAAAAUAUUUUAUCAUUACAUAAUGGCAAAAGCAUAAUACACAAGGUUGUAUUAGUUGCAGAGAAUGAUGGCAUGGUUGGAAAAUGUAUUCCAAGAAAAUACAGACUUGCCAAUGUGAAAACAAUUACAUGAAGUGUUUUACACAUUGUAAAUUAUCAAGAAAAAGCAAUCAUUUGGACACUGAUAAUCUUGAUUGUUAGUUUGGUUGUUGGUGGUGAUGCAGGCAGUGCUUCAAGAAAUCCUCCUAGUUAACUGUGGAUGUUUUGAUGUUAGAUGUGUAAUUGGUUUUAUAUUUUCCCUCAGAUUUUCCUCAAAUUUGCAUGCCUAAGACUAUUCUGUUAAAAUAAAUUAAAACUGAUAAGUAACAUGCACUAAUAAUACUUCAAUACUGGGUUAUUAAGGAUGUUAAAUCCAAACUGAUGUUGCUUUAAGAUGCACGUUCUUUGUGCAACUUAUAUCAAUCAGUGACCUGUAUAGGACAUCAAUGUCUGGACAAGGUAUGAAAACUGAGUUCAGUGAGCAUUUGAAAUAAAGGAUACUAUUUUCUCUUACAAUAA